AUGUCAUACGCAGAGACCGCAACGGCUUUCUACAAUUCAUACGGCCCAUAUCCCAUAGCCAGUAUCUUUGCUGCCGCUGACUGGGCCCCCAAUCUUGCCGAGUCAGAAGUGCCGACGUACAGCGCAGCCUUCGACGCCGACCUUUUGGUGAAGAGGCACGCCGCUUGCGACGAAUGCAGGAAACGAAAGCUGAAGUGCUCCGGUGCACCAAGCGGCUGCGAACGAUGCCUCAAGCAACACCUGAUAUGUCACUAUUCUGCCCAGAAGCAGAUGGGCCGACCGCGCAAGAAGCAGAAGGUUGACCAUACAUCUGAGCUCACGGAUACCACUGUCUCUGCACAAUCGACUGAAUGUGGAAGUCAGGAUGACUUGCAGUCAACCCCACUGCCUACCCGCUCUCUGUCGCGACCUCCCGGGGAACCAGCUCAGCCUGUCGACCCAGUACUCCCUGUAUCCGCCAUAGAAAGAACACAAUUCGAAAAUGUCUGCAACGGGCCUAUAUCUCAAGCCAUUAAGCGGUCAAACAUGUACCGCGCCAGAGCACAAAAUGCUCCCUUCUCACAGUCUCUUCAAGACGGCGGAAGCGGGAACGGGAGUGCUGCUAGAGAGUUAAAUAACACUUCGCCCUACAAUGGCCCUCGCACGCCGCUGGGUGACACGGACUCAUUAGGGACAGCUGCAACAAACGCCUCCUACCCGACCGACUUUUCUCAGUGGCCGGACUUUUCGGACAUGACUAUGCUACCCAUGAUCGUGCAAGACAGUCAUGCAAAAGAGAAGAUUCCACCAUCUUCUUCAACAAACUUCCCCUUCUCCCCGGUAGAUGGGACUGAGCCACCAUAUCCUGCCAACGGCUUCGGCUUGGACGCGAACCCGAGCUCUCUCACACAAUUGCCCACGAUUCCCGACUGUCCCUGUCUCCCAAACUUGUAUCUUACUCUGUCCACGCUGUCAACUCUCACAGCCUUCCCUGUUUCGUCCGAGACAAUACACACGCUACUCGGCGCACAACGCACCGGGCGUGGAGUAAUCUACUGUGAUAUCUGCCCGCAGAAGUUCCAGUCGGGCUCGCAGAACGUGAUGAUGAGCAGCAUGUUGGUAACCAUCCUAGCGGACCAAUGGCAAAGAGUCAAGAAUGCGACGGCGACUGAAUUGAGAAACGGGUUUGUCACGGAUGCGGGAGCAAAAGAAACAUCCGGAUCAUACACACCAUCAAGGCUGGACCCUGAUGCCGGUGCCGAUGCAGAUGCCGAUGUGUUCUUAGCCCCACAUACAAACCCGAAUACCAAGUCUAUGUCCGCCAUAGAAGACCUCCAAUGGCGCCUGUUCGGAUUCAAUCUGGUGCGAGCCUACGUCUUUGGCGACGCCCCAGUCCCCACGCCUCCAGGGUCAAGCUCCCAGGCCAAAUCGAUGCCUUCAGGGGUUCCGUACACACUUUGCGAUCUAUGCAGUGCUCUGGAACGACGACAGAAACAAAGGCACGGCAUGGAACCAGUAUCAGGCGAGUUCCCCCCGAGCAUGACGGAGGACCUGACUCGCGGACACACGGCGGGUAUGGUGCUGGAAGACUCCGUGCGAUGCGCUCAGGACACGGCGGAUGGGCAUUUAUGCCUCAAGAUGGUCGACCAUGCCAGACUGCUCAUAAACAAUCUGGAGGAUGACCCGCCGCAAGUGGAGAUGUGA